CCUGUCAGUGUCAAAUGUAUCAAUGUCACCACACCACGCCCCCUUGCACAGCAGACAGUCAGAUGGCUUGCACGGCUAAACUAGAUUGACAAUUGAUUAUGUCCAUAUAGUGAUCAACAGUUGGUUUCCAUUUAGACGAUGGUUGUUAGAGCUGUCUCUGGUGUUUUUGUUUUGUCGCCGGCCCGUCGGCCACAGCAGAGCCGCUACCAGAUCCUCCAGCGCGCACUCUAGGGGGGGAGGAGGGGGCCAAUUUACCCCUCCCGACCGUCCGAACAGGGUCCGUUGCCCCUCUACAACAAGACAGCACAGCACUAUUCACGCCCCCCGGGGAAAGCUAUUUUACGUCGAUAAAAAUGCAAUGAUUAACACAGCCGCAGGGCAAUACAUGUAUGGGGUGAAUGGACUCCGUCGUGCAAUUGCGUCAGAGAGGGGAGGAUGGCAAAAUCACCUUGCGGGAGCCAAUGAGGCGGCCGCCCGGGCACGCAAUCGGUGCGCUUGUCCGCUUUAGGCGUGCUUCAGGCACUCGCCGCCCAUUGGAGGGCGUGUAAGUUUACUUUUUUUUCUGGCUUGUACAGCGGGGUUUGGCGGGGAGCUAUAGGCUCUGUAAUACUUUGGGGGAAGAGGAGCUGUGCUUGGUUGGAGCAAGCAGCAGACGUGGCGAGCUUCCGAAGGGGUGUGCGGAUGAUGGCGUCAAAGAGGUUGGAGUUGCGCAUUGCAUUACCAAGCACGAGCUAUUGAGAGAGAUGGUGAGCGUAUAAAGCUUCUGGAGCCCAGCCCACCUUCGAGCGUCCCGGCCCUUUCGACCUCUUUUCUUCUUCGCAUCAUCUUCAACUUUUCUACUUUAAGUUUUUUUAACUUGCUUCACCCUCAUCUUUUUCAUAAUGUCUGCUGCCUCUGCUCCUCUCCGUCUCGGCACCGUCGCCCCCAACUUCCAGGCCGAGACCACCAAGGGAAACAUUGACUUCCACGAGUUCAUUGGCGACUCCUGGGUCAUCCUCUUCUCUCACCCCGAGGACUACACUCCCGUCUGCACCACCGAGCUCGGCGCCUUUGCCAAGCUCGAGCCCGAGUUCACCAAGCGCGGCGUCAAGCUGAUUGGUCUCUCUGCCAACACCAUUGAGUCUCACGAUGGCUGGAUCAAGGACAUUGCUGAGGUUACUGGCGGCAACGUCAACUUCCCCAUCAUUGGCGACAAGCAGCGCCAGGUUGCCCUUGCCUACGACAUGAUCGACCACCAGGAUGCCACCAACGUCGACGAGAAGGGCAUUGCUUUCACCAUCCGCUCUGUCUUCUUCAUCGACCCCAAGAAGACCAUCCGCACCAUCCUCUCCUACCCUGCCUCCACUGGCCGCAACGCCGCCGAGGUCCUCCGCAUCGUCGACUCCCUCCAGACCGGCGACAAGUACCGCAUCACCACCCCCGUCAACUGGGUCCCUGGUGACGACGUCAUUGUCGCUCCCCCCGUCAAGAACGAGGAGGCUGAGAAGCUCUUCCCUGGCUUCCGCAUUGUCAAGCCUUACCUCCGCUUCACCUCCCUCCCCAAGGCUUAAGUGUCCCCCUUGUGUUUGAGGGCGGCUCUUCUGUGAGAGCCCUUACUUUUCACGUGUCCCCGGGUCUUGGUCUGCUAUAAUGAGGUGUUUUAUUGUCUGCUUUUGUUUUUAUUUUCUAAGCUGAACCAAAAAGAUUGGGCGAUGGUGAGCAGGCACUUUGGCUGGAGCAAGAUGGACCCCACCCUAGCUUGCUUGAGAAAAAAAGUGGUGGGGGCGGGGUAGCAAAGCUCCUUUGCUUCCGGUUGAGUGUCGGUUUGCUGAAUUUGACGACGAGGGAAGAAGGGUGUGUAGCAGGAGAGAUUAAAUGAAAAAUGGUAAUGAAAAAAUGAACAAACAAACAGAAUGGCCUUUGGUUCCAGUGGUUGUGUGACUUGGACAAGUGUGCGGAAGAAGUUUGAAGAGGACAAGAGAAAAAGUAUCGUUUUGGAUGAGGGUUCUUGCUCUUCACUUCCAUUACCUGCUGUCACCACAACAGGAAAGAAAGCAUUUUUAAGACGAGAUACCCAUUUUCUCUAUAAUAUUUGUAUGUAUUGACAGCUUUUGCUAUUUGAGGCAGUAUUGGGGAUAGUGGCAGAGAGACCUGUCGUUCAAGUGCUGGUUUAGGGUAGCGGGAUCCGGAAUCCGCGCCUUGGACCACAGCGGUUGAAGGGCUAAAGUGGAAGAAAGAAUCACUGGAAGGUGACGAUAAAGAUAAAAACCAGAAUAAUUACACAAUUAUAGCGUCUACCCCAGUUU